AUGCGAUGGAAGAUUCUGAUGGGGAAUGAUUUGUUAUUGGGAUAUAGAAUAAACCCUCUUGUCCUCGAAGGAGUCCCAAAUUUUCUUCCAAAAGCGAAUUUUGACACGAUAACGGAAUGGCAAAGAGGUCUAUGGACCAGACUACAAGCAGAAGUUCGAAAUAAUCCCGCACUUUUACCCGUCAAACAAAAAUGGGAUAAAUCACCCACCGGAACACCCGACAUCCCUUACCUUCUCACACAUACCGCAAGAGAUCCAUCCCUCACUUUGGCAUACAAUUACGGUGCUUUAUUACUGAACAAUUCUUAUUUUCUCGAAGGAAUCAAUCCUGGAGAACCAAUGACUAUACCGCAAACAUAUCAUCCAUUGGAAGAAAAGGUAGUUGGGUUCGCAGAGGGUAUUGUAGGUGGUGGAUGGCUAUGGCUCGUUCAAACCAAAGGCAACAUCCUCUCUUUCGAUAUAAUACCAACUUUCUCAUCAGGUACUUUACUAGUCACUAAUCGUCGACAACAAGGACGACCCCCUUUAUCAGUUUACGCUCCAACAGGUAGUCUCCUCGAUCCCACUGAUACAUCAGAGGAAAUAAGAGAGUCGAAAGAAUUUGAAGAAACGGAUGAUCCACUUGCCGAACCACUUCGUCCUUCCACAGGUGUGAUGUCGAGGUAUGGUGUUUCGAAUGACUUGUCCGUAAGUCCGUUGGCGGUGUUGAACAUGUUUGAACAUGCUUAUCUUGGGGACAAGUAUGGAGUUUGGGACAGAGGAAGGUAUGCGAGGGAUUGGUGGAGAAGUAUUGAUUGGGAGAAAGUGGAUAAGAGAAGGGGAAUUGCAUAG